UAGGAGCCAUUACAAGUUACGACUUCACUAUGGAUUUCAUCUACAAAAAUGAUACAAUCAAUGCCACUAUGACUAUCCUGGACAUUGGCUUACCGACUGGAUUUGAUGUUGAUGAAAAUGAUCUUAAAGCGUUGUCUACAGGGAAGGACAGAUAUGUUCAGCAAUAUGAAAAUAAUGAAGUGCUGUCAGAGCGAGGAUCCCUCAUCCUCUACGUAAAUAAGGUUUCUAAUAAAGAGAGAGAAAAAAUUGCUUUCCCAAUGCACAAGACACUUAAUGUGGGUCUGCUACAACCUGCUACAGUCACAAUAUAUGAAUAUUAUUCACCAGUUCCAGAACUUCUCUGA